AUGCCGCCUUCAAAGUGGGACGAAGAGGAGGAGGAUAGCUCCCCACCUCCCCCUGUCGCACCCCGUCGCAGAUUCGAUGACGAGGAAGAAGAGGAUGUCCUUGACUCCUGGGACGCCGCGGAAGACUCUGAGGUAGAGCGCGAGAAGGCGAAGAAGGCCGCAGAAGCCGAUGCUGCUGCUAAGGCCAAGGCUGCCGCCAACAAGAAGACCAAGGCUCAGCGUAUUGAAGAGCACCGUGAGCAACGGAGGAAAGAUGCCGAUGAAAGCGACUUCGACGAGGAAGAAACUGAGGCUGAGCGCCGUGAGCGCAUGCGCCGCCAAGAGAUCGACUCCGAUCUGUCUCACGCCAAUGACCUCUUCGGAGAGGUCGACACAAAGCGCAACCGUGGUGCCCCCAAGGCUAUCGUCAUUAGCGACAAUGUUGAUCCUACCAAGUCCGUUGAUCUCUCUUCGAUGCCUCUGUUCAAGCCUACCACCAAGGACCAAUUCACUCGCCUGUCCGAUGCCCUCAUUCCCCUCAUUACACCACACUCGAAGAAGCCCCAGUACGCCAUCUGGGCGCAGGACUUUACCCGCCGUUUGGUCAAGGAACUUCCCAGCUCAGAGAUCAAGAAGAUUGCUAGCGCAUUGACCACUGCUAGUAACGAGAAGAUGCGUGAGGAGCGUGCUGCUGACAAGGGCAACAAGAAGACCAAGGCUGCUAAGACCAAGGUUUCUCUGGUCGCAAACCGUGACAACCAACUUGACAGCAAUAACUACGAUGGCGGUGAUGGUCUCGGUGAUGAUGACUUCAUGUAA